AUGCCACCAAAGGAAAGACCAGCGCCUAAGAAAUGGAAGCCUCCCAAGGGUCCUAAACCGAUUCAAAGGAAGAACAAAAACACUAUUGGGUUGGGGAAGUCUAUUCAACAUGCGAGAAAGAUGGAGAACAACAUAGAGUAUUUGCCUGAUGGUGAGAUGAGAUUCACUACUGAAAAGCAUGAGGCUAGUUGGGUGAAACUGAGAUCGGUGACGCAGGAAUCUGCCUUGGAUGAUUUCUUAAGUACUGCUGAAUUGGCAAACAAGGACUUCACUGCAGACAGACAUUCCAAUGUUCAGAUUAUAAGGUUGGAUAGUGGUGUCAAUGACAGUCAACGGAAUGGGAUUGCCAUGAUGACGAAUGAGCGUAAGGGUGAAUUGAACGCCAAGCAAAGAGAGCGCGUGAGUGAUUUGAUUGUCCCUAGGAGACCCGCUUGGGACUCCACCACUACCAAAUUCGAAUUAGAAAGGGCAGAGAGUGAAGCCUUUUUGGAAUGGAGGAGAAAGUUGGCGCUAUUGCAAGAGACUAAUGAGGAUCUGCUUUUGACCCCUUUUGAAAGAAAUAUUGAGGUUUGGAAACAACUAUGGAGAGUUGUUGAGCGGUCUGAUUUAGUCGUUCAAAUUGUCGAUGCCAGAGAUCCUUUACUCUUCAGGUCUGUCGAUUUGGAAAAUUACGUGAAGGAGUUGGAUGAAAGGAAGGAAAACUUACUUUUGGUGAACAAAGCCGAUAUGUUAACAAAAAAGCAAAGGAUCGCCUGGGCGAAAUACUUCAUAUUGAAGAACAUAUCCUUUACUUUCUAUUCGGCAUUGAGAGCAAACCAGUUGUUAGAUAUUGAAAACGGAGACCUGGAAGCCGCGGACGCUGAACUGGUGGCGGAUGACGAUGACGAGGAUGAUGACGAACUGGACGCAGAAUUGGCUGAGAAGAUCAAAAUAUUGACCAUCGACCAGCUUGAAGAGCUGUUUAUGUCUAGAGCUCCUGCUGAACCGUUAACGGCGCCACUUCAUCCGGGACAAAAACCUGUCUUGCAAAUUGGUCUUGUUGGUUAUCCCAAUGUCGGUAAGUCCUCCACCAUUAAUUCUUUGGUUGGUGCUAAGAAGGUGUCUGUCUCUGCGACACCUGGUAAAACAAAACAUUUCCAAACGAUACUGCUGUCAGAUUCGGUUAUGCUCUGCGAUUGUCCAGGUUUAGUGUUCCCCAAUUUUGCAUAUAACAAGGGUGAGCUGGUGUGCAAUGGUGUGUUGCCGAUUGAUCAAUUGCGUGAUUAUAUCGGUCCAUCGAACUUGGUUGCUCAAAGGGUGCCCAAAUACUACUUGGAAGCUGUCUACGGUAUUCAUAUUCAAACGAGAAGUAAGGACGAGGGUGGCGACGGUAUUACACCCACUGGUCAAGAACUGUUGGUGGCCUACGCGAGAGCUCGUGGUUAUAUGACGCAAGGUUACGGUUCUGCAGACGAGUCCCGUGCCAGUCGUUACAUAUUAAAGGAUUACGUGAACGGUAAACUGCUAUACAUCAAUCCACCUCCUCACAGAGCCGAUGACACGCCGUACACAUUGGAAGAAUGCAGGGAGUUCAAUAAGGAACUGUAUACUUUUGAAAGACUUCCAAAAUCCAGGAGGGAUCAAAUAACUGUCGCUGCGAAGGCUAAAGGUAUAAGCAUUGUGGAUCUAGCUCGCGAUUUGAAGAAUCUAAGUUUCUCUGCUCACACAGUGGGAAGUGAUGACCAAGAGGCUAAAUUCGUCACGCACGGUGGUAAACAAGCCGCCCUCUUCAAUGCAGCUGAGGACCUUGAUAAUGAGUUCUUCAAGAUGAACGGCUUAGAGGGUCAAUUGACCUCUCCAUUCCACAAACAAAAGAACGAGACCACGGGCUCCAAGAAGCACAAUAAAAGAAACAAGAAAGGUAAAAAGAAGGCCCUCAUGGCAAGCGACUAG